CUGCACCUUGCUCCUCCCCUCGCCUUUCACUCUUCUUAUCCCCCCGAUAACCCCAUCAGUCCUGACAGCUCCUGAGUGCCUGGAUUUCCUCAUCCAGCCCUGCAGCAUGCUCCCCUUUGUUCUGAGGAAGGCUGUCCCAGACAGAGAGGAGGAGAUGGAGGUAGAUACAAAGAUUGAUACGGAGGAGGAGAUGGAGGUGGAUACAAAGAUUGAUAUGGAGGAGGACAUGGAAAUAGACGGAGAAGACGCUGGAGAGGAAGAGAUGGAUGUGGAUGUGGAUGAGGAAGAAGAGAUGGAUUUGGAUAUGGAAGAGUCCAUUAUGGACAUGGAUAUUGAUUAAGAAGGUGCGAUGGACAGCACAGACAGAGACACCACCCUUUUGUAUAUAUGUUCUACAGUUUGUUGUUGUUCUUUAGAAUGUAGAUUGUAGGGCUAUUUUUGACUUCUGUAAAUACAUAGUUUUGUUAGGUAGGUUU